CGGCCAGUUUGAGGAUAUAUGCGAGGCGCUGAAUGGAAACGUGUGAAGCCAAAACUCUUCCAUGUUCUCCAAGUCUUCUUGAUGUUCCACACGUGCGAUCAGAGCAUCAUGUUGGGACCUCCAGAGCCCAGCCCAGAGGUUGAGGAGUGGCUGUCUACCCUUCACCUGUCUCAGUACAGCCCACUUUUCCAGCAGGGAGGCUAUCACACUCUAGAAAACUGCAAGGGCCUCACAGAUGAGCGACUCCUGGAGCUUGAAGUGCUGCCAACAGGCCACCGGAGGCGUAUCCUUCGAAGUUUGGAAGCACUAGGUGUGAAGCAGCUGAGUGGAGAAGAAGGUGAAGAUGAGGAAGGUUUGGACAGAGGUCAAAGGAAGCCAAUGCUGUACCCAAGGCACAUUUUCAUGGACAAGAAACGGGUGGCAUCAUACCAGCACAACCAGACAAAAGCGAUAAGGGAAUAUGGUUCAGAAGGAAGCCAGAGCUUACCUGCAGGAGCUGGACUGUCAGGAGACCAAGACAAGCUUCCAGACAGACAACGUGCUUUUCCUCCCAUCCCGGCUCCACGUAACCUCCAGUCCGUUAAGACAUCGGUGCAGACACAAAUCUGUGCACCCGCCUCAAAGCUCUCGAGUAGCAGCAGCGAAUCCCUUUCUGCAUCGGAAAUGCUCUCAGAUUUGGAGGCUUCUUCAGAGGAACACUUAAGUUCUGUUGGUGAAGUCCCCCUCCCGGCACUAGAUGAGGACAGAGAGGGUUUCCACGGCCAAAUGAUUGACAACUCGAUAUAUGAGACACAGGCAUCUGUAAAAAACCCUGUAGGUUUUCGAAUCACUCGCUCCUACGUGUUAAGGCACCGACCUGUUCCUGAAAUCCCCAUUCCAACUUCUGGGCCACUUCAGGAGAGGAGUGCACAAACAACCAGCCCUGAACACCUAACCAGCUCAGAGCGUCCCACCGGUGCGAACAGCGCUCAGAAAGCUCCACUUCAAAGAACCUUGACACCUAUCGCUCCCUACGGAGAAAUAUUCCUCUUCAACAACCCCGAACCUGCUCCGGAACAAGGUGCUAAAGAAGGGCUGCAGAGCGGGUUUAAGGCCAAGAUGAAACAGAAGAAAAAAAGAAAAAAGUCCGGAGAAAAAGASUGUCCCCCAAGCUUGACUGUGCCAGACACAGAUGAAUACUCCACGGUGGACUUGYUGCCUCAGACCGUUUUGGACCGAAGUUUGUCCUCAGCUCCUGAUGCUGUUGCUGUUGGUUCAAYGACUUCUGGUCCUAAAGAGGACUCUUUAGUCAUGGUGGACUGCGACCUUUACUCUCAGCGUUCAGAUGUUUUGAUGAGCGACCCUAAAAGAGUACAGCCUGAAAUUUCUCCUUAUGCUUGUUUCUAUGGAGCCCCCAAACACCAAGUGCUCAAAGUGGGCUGGCUGGACAAGCUGUCUCCUCAAGGAAAUUGUGUCUUUCAACGGAGGUGGGUGAGAUUUGAUGGCGACAGUCUGGCCUACUACAACAAUGAUAAGGAGAUGUACUCCAAAGGUCUGAUCCUGGCCAGUGCCUUCAGACAGGUGCGAGGACUCGGAGACAACAAGUUUGAGGUUGUCACUUCCCUCCGGACCUUUGUAUUUCGGGCUGAAAAAGAAGGGGAGCGCCAGGAGUGGAUGGAAACUCUUCAGACGGCCACGCGCCCCCCCGCCUGCAGCUCCCAGAAGCGCUCCGACAGCCUUCCCCACCUCUCUUCCACAAACAAGCGAGGCUUGCUGGAGCUCCGCGGUUACAAAGGCAGAGUGCUGGUGUCCCUGGUGGGGAGUAAAGUCAGGCUCUGCAAAACAGAACAG